AUGGCCCUGAAGCUUCUUUGUCAAAGCCUAACCAAAACCAAAACAACCAUCGUUAUCCAUUAUUUCUCCACCACGGCCGUUGUGGCUUCCCCACCAAAGUAUGAGAACCCAACAGGAAUUACCAUGAAAAGUGUGAAAAUUGUGGGUCAUCCACUUUACCUCGACAUGCAAGGGACUUUCCUAGUAGACCUUAGGAUUUUGGAUUCAAUGUUUUCAUUCUACCUUUCUCGUUAUAGCAACCCUCAAUCUCAUACUUACUUCUAUGGUUGGGAAUUGAAAAUAGCCACUAAAAGCACCCGUUUACAAAUAGGCACACUUAUUGGAGCUUUCCCAAAAAAAAUUGUCUACUUUCGGUGCCAUGGAAUUGAACAACAUCUCAAUGAAAAACGUCAUGCAUUUUUACAAAGACAAGAAACACCAUGUCAUGAUGAUGCAAACGAAGCACAAAUGCAUUUUGGAUUCUUACCAGCAUCUUCAACAAGAAGGUUUUGA